AAAUAAAUUUAUUGAAAGAUAUUUUUUUUAAGUGUUAUUGUGUGCCAGUGACACGUUAGAAAUCCCAUAAUAUGAUAUGAGCAAAAAACUAAAACGUACAUUAUAUCAACCUUUCAUCUUCAUAUCCAAACACAAAAUCGACAAAAAAAUGUCACAAAAUCAUGAAAUUAUACAAAUAAAAUUCAAAAUAAAUGAUAGUAGCAUGUUAUACAAAAGUUGUUGGGGGUACUAUAAUCCUGGUCUUCUAAUUUGUUGUAGCAGCUUAUUACCUAUACAUCUUUAUAUAUGAUCAUCUAAAGCUCCUCCUUAAUUAUGUCUUAAUUUCAAUUAUUGUCGGACAACAGUCCUUUAAAACUCUCACCUUACUCCUUCCUAUUUCACUCCAAUUUUUCUUAAUGGCUAAAAUAUCUCCUAAUUCAUGUAUUUUUGCUCUUUUGGCAAUCUUUAUUAUUUUUUCAUUACCAAUAUUAACUUCUUGUAGGGAUUUUUCACUUUUUGGGUCCAAAACUACUACUUUAGAUGUCAAAAGUUCUCUUCAAAAAAUAGCUCCAAAUUCCUAUAAAUUGUCUAAUGUGCAACAUUUUCAAAGCACUAAUAACUCUUCUUUUAGUUUAAAGUUACACUCACGUCAUCCAAUGUACCAAAAUAAACAUGACAACUACAAAUUUCUCCUUUUAACUCGAUUAGCUCAUGACACAAUUCGAGUUGGCUCGAUCCAUACACGAGUUAGUCUUGCAGCUGAACAAAAUCUAAGAGCCCCCAUUGUCUCGGGUGUAAGCCGAGGGAGUGGGGAGUACUUUAGUCGUGUGGGGAUUGGAAAUCCACCACGUGAAGCAUAUGUGAUAAUUGACACGGGAAGUGACUUAAGUUGGGUACAAUGCCAACCUUGUACUCAAUGUUUCACCCAACCGGACCCGAUCUUUGACCCAACCCAAUCCACCUCAUUUGGAUCCCUCCCAUGCAACUCCACAACAUGCAACGCGCUAGACGAAUCCGAGUGUCGUGCGGGGAGUUGCAUCUACGAGGUAUCUUACGGUGACGGGUCCUACACCACGGGCGACUUCAUAACCGAGACCAUAACUUUCGACGGUGGAGACACCAUCCACGACAUCGCAAUCGGGUGUGGCCACAACAACGACGGGUACUUCACCGGGGCAGCCGGGCUACUCGGGCUUGGCGGAGGAUCAUUGUCAUUACCCUCUCAAAUAAACGCGACGUCGUUCUCCUACUGUCUCGUAGACCGCGAAUCUAACUCAACCUCCUCCCUAAACUUCAACACCAAUGCAUCAAUACUUCCAGCUGAUCCAACCCUAAUCACAGCACCACUACUAAGAAACCCUACUGCAGAAACAUUCUACUACCUCGGGCUCACGGGACUAAGCGUAGGAGGUACAACAUUGUCAAUCCCUACUAGGUCAUUUGUAAUAGACAAGGACGGGAGCGGUGGGGUGAUCAUCGACACCGGAACAGCCGUGACACGGUUGGAAUCACGGGUGUACGAGUUGUUACGAGAUGAGUUUCGUAAGGGGACUAGUCAUCUACCAACGGCAGACGAGGUGGCAAUAUUUGAUACAUGUUAUAACCUUAGAGGACAAGAAAGUGUAGAGGUUCCGGCAGUGGAGUUUCACUUUGCCGGUGGAAAGAGUUUGGCGUUGCCGGCGAAAAAUUAUGUGAUUCCGGUGGAUACAGAAGGGACGUUUUGCUUAGCAUUUGCACCAACAACAGCAUCAAUGUCUAUAAUUGGGAAUGUACAACAAGAAGGGAUACGUAUUGGGUUUAAUCUUGUUUAUUCCUUAGUUACCUUUGAGCCUAAUGAAUGCUAAUUUAAUUUUUUUUUUUUAAAUUAGGUUUAGGUGUAUUAUUAUUUAUUUCAAGAUUUGUGAUACAUGGAAAAAAUUAAUAAUUCAAUAGUACUAUUUCAAAUAUGAGUGAUAA